CGGGAGAUAUAACUGAAACCGGCUCUUUCCUUCCUCCAAACCUCUGGUGCCUGACAUCAUGGCGAAUUAGGGUUUUCUCCUCCCUCCCUCUCUCUUCUCCCAUGGGGAAUUGCUUUCCGGCGCCUGAAAACAUCGGCUCUCUCUCCAGGGGAUCCAGGAAAUUCGGAUCAUUCACUGAGAUUCCUGCCACUGAAGGCAAGAACCGUGGAUCGUCGGUCACCAGGGCCUCGGUCCUGAAAGACCUCAAUGGGACCAGUAUCUUCCAGCGAUACCGCCUCGGAGAGGAGCUCGGGCGGGGGGAGUUUGGGAUCACACGCCAAUGCACGGACAUCGAAACAGGAGAAACCCUAGCCUGCAAAUCGAUCUCCAAGGAGAAGCUCCGGACGGCGGUCGACAUUGAGGAUGUGAGGCGGGAGGUUGAGAUCAUGCGGCACUUGCCAGAGCACCCCAACAUUGUUCGAUUAAAGGAUACCUAUGAGGACAAGGAGGCCGUCCACCUCGUGAUGGAGGUAUGCGAGGGUGGGGAGCUCUUCGACCGGAUUGUCGCACGGGGACAUUACACAGAGCGGGCUGCUGCGGUCAUUGUGAGGACGGUGGUAGAGGUCGUCCAGCUCUGCCAUAAGCAUGGCGUGAUGCACCGGGAUUUAAAGCCUGAGAAUUUCUUAUUUGCAGACAAAUCGGAAACUUCACCCCUGAAGACAAUUGAUUUUGGUCUAUCCAUGUUCUUCAAGCCCGGUGAAAGAUUUAGUGAAAUCGUCGGGAGUCCAUAUUACAUGGCUCCAGAGAUCUUGAGACGGAAUUAUGGCCCAGAAAUAGAUGUAUGGAGUGCAGGAGUUAUUCUUUACAUUUUGCUGUGUGGAGUACCGCCUUUUUGGGCAGAAAGUGAAGAGGAAAUUGCACAAGCAAUUGUUGAGUCAGACCAAUCAGAUAUUGAUUUUGAAAGGGAACCCUGGCCAAAGAUUUCUGAAAAUGCAAAAGACCUUGUGAAGUCUAUGCUUGAUCCAAACCCCUACAGCAGAUUGACAGCUCAAGAAGUUCUAGAGCAUCCGUGGAUGCAGAAUGUGAAUAAGGCUCCAGAUACUCCUCUUGGCGAAACCGUCAAAGCGAGGCUGAAGCAGUUCUCAGCAAUGAACAAGCUCAAGAAGAGAGUUUUAAGAGUGGUGGCUGAACACUUGUCUGGGGAGGAAGUAGCAGAAAUAAAGAAGAUGUUCCAUAUGAUGGACACUAACAAAAAUGGUAACUUGACUCUUGAAGAACUCAAAGAGGGCCUGCAGAUGAUGGGGGAGCCUGUUCCUGAUCCAGAUGUUCAGAUGUUAAUGGAUGUUGCUGACGCAGACGGUAAUGGCACUUUGGACUGUGAGGAGUUUGUAACUGUUUCCGUUCACUUGAAAAGGAUUGGCAGUGACAACCAUCUAUGCCAAGCUUUCAAGUACUUUGACAAGAACCAGAGUGGAUUUAUUGAGUUGGAGGAGCUGAGAGAAGCAUUGUUAGAGGACGACCUGGGUCCUGAUAAUGAGAAGGUGAUUGCAGAUAUCAUCUGCCAUGUCGAUACUGACAAGGACGGUCGUAUCAGCUACCCGGAAUUCGCUUCAAUGAUGAAAGCUGGUACAGAUUGGAGGAAUGCAACGCGGCAAUACUCGAGGGCUUUUUUAAAUACCCUUAGCCUCAAAUUGCUCAAAGAAGGAUCCUUCAAAGUAGAAAACUAAGUGCCAACUCUAUAGCCCUUUUUUUAUUCUUUUCAAAAUCACAUCUGCUUGGUAAGCUAUACAUUUUGCUAAAUACACAUUUAAUGCUGCAUUGAUGGAUGGUGAGCACCACAGUUCAAAUUA